UGCAGUUCGGUUCGAAUCGAUUGGAUAGAUAUUCCGCUCCGUUCUUUUUCGAUCCGUUCUGUUUUCCCGAGUUUCCCCCGGCCCGACCAACGACCAACGACCAAAAAUCACCCACCAAAGCCGGUUCGGGAUGCAAUGACGAUGAUGAUGCCAAGGAUGCAGCUGAUGCAGGCUCGCUUUUGUAUCUUUGGGAUACAAAUUAAGUUGAUUUGUUGCGCUCGCGUUCUCUUGGGUAAUUGAACCCAAGUUAAGUUCCUUGUGCCGCGGUCUUCGGGCAUUUCAUUGCAUUUUGUGUAUCUAGAUACCUUUGUCGGUAUCCGUCGCUUGUCAAUCUGGUCGCUGAUAAAAAAAGCGAACGCAACCACGAAACAUAAACCAACGUCAACAGAAAAUAAAAGUAACAAACAGCAAGUGGCGUAUCUUUUUUUGCCCCACACCGUGUGUUCUGUUCGGUGAUAAAUGCAUUUCAUGCGUUCCAACUAUGUAAAUAGCAAUUUAAUUUGAGUGUCCACAGUAAACAUCAAAAAACCGCCCUGGACUCCAGUCACCACCCCCGGUAGACCCCGUGUAAGGCCCAGUAAACCUCAGUAAAACCCCAGUAAAACCCCUGAAAAGGGCAGUCGUACUCGUCGUCGUCGACUGUGGCAUCCAAAUAUUGAAUAUUUACAAAUGCGUUGAGUGCAUUUUCGAGUGGCCGGCACUUACAGUGACUCUCUGGUGGAUGUGCGAGUGUAUUCAUCGGAUUGCCGAUUGCCAGCCCCAUUCAAAAACUUCGAUUCUGUUCCGAUACGCGAGUGUUCAUAUUUUUGUCGCGCUAAUUGAGAGCGUAGGUGUUAAAGUGCUUGGUUUAUAAAUAAACGAAAAUGUCUGCCAGGAUGAUCUCAAUAUACAGUCUGGUCAUGGCUUUGAUGAUGGCUCCCGUUUUGGCCAGCUCAUCGCGUUUCCAGCGAUUACCACAAAGUCAGUCCGUGGUGGAGGAUGAGCCCGUGGAUUUCGAGUGCGAGUCCACGGAUUCCUACAGCGAACUGCAGUACGACUGGUUGCAUAAUGGUCAUCGGAUUGCGUAUGACAAGCGUGUCUAUCAAAUCGGCUCCAAUUUGCAUAUCGAGGCGGUGCAGCGAGCAGAGGAUGUCGGCGACUACGUUUGCAUCGCGACAAAUUUGGCCAGCGGCGCCAGGGAGGCGUCUCCGCCAGCCAAAUUGAGCGUAAUAUAUCUGGAAUCGGCUAGUGUGCAGCUGUUGGGAAGCAAUCGCAACGAGCUGCUGCUUAAGUGCCACGUGGAGGGCGCCUCGGGGGAUCUGCAACCGCUGGAAAUCGAAUGGUACCGCAACAGCGAAAAGUUGAGCACCUGGAAGAAUGUCCAGCUGGACCAGCACCGUCUGAUAAUCCGACAGCCGGGAUCCGCCGACGAUGGUCUGUACCGCUGCACUGCCUCCAAUGCCGCGGGUCGGGUGAUGAGCAAACAGGGCUACGUCUAUCAGUCCGAUGUGAAGUGCCUGCCCAGACUUCCCAGGCGGAAGAACCAAAAGAUGCUGGAGUCCUGGGAUAAGCAGACAUUCCUGUGCCGCGGAAAGCGUGGGGGAUCUGGUGGAGUGGAGGCCCUGCCCGCCGCUCCGGAGGAUCUGCGCAUUGUCCAGGGACCCCUUGGCCAGGUGGUCAUCAAGGAGGGCGAGCCCACUGCACUGACCUGUCUCUAUGAACUUCCCGACGAGCUGCAAAACCAACGCAUCCAACUCCGUUGGCGAAAGGAUGGAAAACUUCUGCGACAAGUGGAACUCGGUGGUUCGGUGCCCAUUCCGGGUCACUCCUCCGAUUCUGGCAAGGAUUCCCUGCUAAGGGAAGAUGCGAGAUUGGUGCUCCACAAGCAGAAUGGCACCUUGAGCUUCGCCAGCAUUAUAGCCAGCGAUGCGGGCCAGUACCAAUGUCAACUGCAACUGGAGGCCCAUGCCCCAAUUAACUCGGCUCCUGGCGUCCUGGAGGUCAUCGAACAGCUCAAGUUUGUGCCACAGCCCACCUCCAAGAAUCUGGAGCUGGAUGCAGUAGUGGCCAAAGUGCACUGCAAGGCCCAGGGCACUCCAACGCCCGAGGUGCAAUGGAUGCGGGAUGGUGCAAAUACUUCUCUACCCGACCAAGUAGAAGUGGAUGCCAAUGGAACACUAAUUUUCAGGAAUGUAAACUCGGAGCACAGGGGCAACUACACCUGUUUGGCCAGCAAUACCCAGGGUCAGAUUAACGCCACCGUGGCCAUAAAUGUGGUGGUCACACCCAAGUUCAGUGUGCCUCCGGUGGGACCCAUUGAGACCUCGGAGCAGGGCACCGUGGUGAUGCAUUGCCAGGCGAUCGGAGAUCCCAAGCCGACGAUUCAGUGGGACAAGGAUCUGAAGUAUCUGAGUGAGAACAACACGGAUCGGGAGAGAUUUAGGUUCCUGGAGAACGGCACUCUGGAGAUACGGAAUGUCCAGGUGGAGGACGAAGGAAGCUAUGGCUGCACCAUUGGUAACAGUGCGGGACUCAAGCGAGAAGAUGUCCAGCUGAUGGUGAAGACGAUUGGCGACGUCUUUGCUCCAGAGGAAUCCGGUGGCGAUGGCUUCCUGGUCACCCGAGCUGUACUGAUCACCAUGACGGUGGCCCUGGCCUACAUAGUUCUAGUGGUGGGUCUAAUGCUGUGGUGUCGCUAUCGUCGUCAGGCCAGAAAGGCCCGCCUGAACGAGCUGAGCACCAAGGAAGCUGGCGGAGAUCAGCCGGAUGCUGCGGUUAAUGGCAAGGGUUCGGAGCAGGAGCCCUGCCUUUCCAAGCAGCACAAUGGCCACAGCAAAUCGCGGUCAAAAUCCAGUGGGGAUGCCCAGAAAUCCGAUGACACUGCCUGCAGUCAGCAGUCGAAGGCCUCCAAGAAAUCGGCCCACAUUUACGAGCAAUUGGCCUUGCCAAGAUCAGGACUUAGUGAACUCAUUCAAAUUGGUCGUGGCGAGUUUGGUGACGUGUUUGUGGGCAAGCUGAAGGCCACCCUGGUGACCUCACCCACGGACAAGGAUGCGGAUACGGAAAAGCAGCACAGCAAUAGCGAAAAUGGCAGUGGAGGCAGCGGAAGUGGUAGCACCACACUGAGCACCCUCAACGAGAAGCGACGCUCGAAGACCUCCAUGGAUGACAUUGAGGAGAUCAAGGAGGAGGAGCAGGAGCAGACGGAUCAAACGGGACUCGAGCAGCUGGUCCUGGUCAAGGCCCUUAACAAGGUGAAGGACGAACAGGCCUGUCAGGAGUUCCGCAGGCAGUUGGAUCUGCUGCGGGCCAUCUCGCACAAGGGAGUGGUACGUCUGUUUGGCCUGUGUCGCGAAAAGGACCCACACUACAUGGUGCUGGAGUACACCGACUGGGGCGAUCUCAAGCAGUUCCUCCUGGCCACCGCUGGAAAAGUAAACACCGCCACCGCAGGAAGCUCCUCGCCGCCGCCACUGACCACCAGCCAGGUCUUGGCCGUGGCCUACCAGAUCGCCCGAGGAAUGGACGCCAUCUACAGAGCUCGGUUCACCCAUAGGGAUCUGGCCACUCGAAACUGCGUGAUCUCCAGUGAGUUUAUAGUGAAGGUAUCCUAUCCGGCCCUCUGCAAGGACAAGUACAGCCGUGAGUACCACAAGCACCGCAACACGCUGCUCCCCAUCCGCUGGCUGGCACCCGAGUGCAUCCAGGAGGACGAGUACACCACCAAGAGCGACAUCUUCGCCUACGGCGUGGUGGUUUGGGAGCUCUUCAACCAAGCCACCAAGCUGCCCCACGAGGAGCUGACCAACGAGCAGGUGGUGCAGCGAUCCCAGGCUGGGUCCUUAGAGUGGUCGGUGGCCGAGGCGACGCCUGAUAGUCUUCGGGAGAUACUGCUGUCCUGUUGGGUGACCAAUCCCAAGGAGCGACCCUCGUUCAGCCAACUGGGGGCUGCCCUGAGCAAGGCCAUGCAGAGUGCCGAGAAGUGAUUGCAGACUGAUGGAGCAUUUGCCAAAAAGUAAUUCGUAGUAUUGUCUGUAGUGUCUGCCCGAGUAUUCUCUGCGCUCAGAAACCUAGUCUUAAGUUCGAACGAUGUCUGCGCCUGUUCAACAUGCGUACUAUAUGGCACACAGACCGAUGGCUACAUUUUCUAACAAUAACUGUACAAACACACCAUAUAUACACUAUAUAUAUUUGAAUGGGGAUAUCUUCGAGAAUAGUAUUUGCGUGGUGCUGCAUACCCAUAAGUAUGCAGCUAAAAUGUACAUAAAAACUGCCACAAACAUGCAUUUAAACCAGUUGAAGCAUUUCUAGUAUUAGAGCAUUUUAACCUUCAUCAGCAUUUUAUAAUCCACUUCUAAGCUAAAUUAGUACGUAUAAAUACACAAACAUAUGCAUCACACAAACAACGAGCGAUUUCAAUGUUCUCAAACAUUGAGAAACUAAGCCAAAUUUUAAGUUUAGCAUUGAAUAAAAAACACACCCACAUAUUUUAUCACAAGCCUAGUUAUAUAUUUAAAUGCAUAAGAAGAACCAGCCGAAACAAAUUUAUGACUAGCCAUUUAAGCUUUGAUGCAUGUUUACAAAACAUUU